UUUAAUGCCUCCUGAUCCUUUUGUGGCCUGUUGUGAAAAGCAGAUCAUCAGGUCAUUGGUGAACAAGGCUUGGUGUGCUGGUAAGGCUCAUGAGAAGAGUAUAAAAGGUCCACCAGGACCUCUAUGGGAGUACGGCAGACCGGUGUGGACAUCCUGCUCUGCAGCCAUGGGAAAGAUCAUCUUCUAUGAAGGCUCCAACUUCCAAGGGCGCUCUUAUGAGUGCUCUGCUGACUGCCCUGAUACAUACAGAUACUUCAACUGCUGCAACUCCAUAAGGGUCAUGGGGGGUCACUGGGUUGGCUACGAGAAGCCCUAUUAUAUGGGGUAUCAGUACAUCCUGGGCCGUGGGGAGUAUCCUAACUUUCACCACUGGAUGGGCUUCAACAGUUGUAUAAGAUCUUGUCAGAUGUUCUCCCCAUACAGAGGUGCCUACCGCAUGAGAAUCUACAACAGACCGGAAAUGUACGGACAGAUGAUGGAGUUCACAGAUGACUGCCCCAAUGUCUACGACCGUUUUGGCCACCACGGCAUCUACUCCUGUAACUGUAUGGAGGGCUACUGGAUCUUUUACGAGCACCCAAAUUACAGAGGCCGUCAGUAUUUCGUGCGGCCCGGAGAAUACAGAGCCUGCAGCGAAUGGGGUAGCAUGAAUCCCAUGAUUGGCUCCUUUAGGAGAAUGAGGAGCAGUUUAAUGUAAAAACACAGUCUUUUUUUUUUAAUGAGCAUUAAAGAUGUUAAAACUGAUUAAAA